CAGUUUCGUAUGAAUAUGACAAAUACAGGGUGUGGAUAAUACACGAACAUCGACAACAUAUGAUGAUACUAAACGGGUCAUCUACGCAUCAAUAUCAACAAUGGCGACAAUGAUUGUCCGAACUUGUUUGCUGAUGUUGGUCGGAACACAUGGAAAUCCAGAUAUUGAUUUCAAAUCAAUUAAGUUUAACAUUAAUCAACAACUUUCAAUUUCUCACACGUUUAAUCUUACAUCAUUUCCCAACUUUAGCAGAUACACGGAUGAUAAUCAAGAUAGAUUAAAACAGAACGAUUUGGAUAUCUUACACAAUAUACAAGCACAAACUCUUAAAAUCUCAAAUACACUUGGGAACUACAUUCCAUCAGUUUAUGCCACCAAAUCCACUCGUGGACAAGAGCCAAAGUCUCUCCAUGGAUCCGGGCGGGAUAGUUACUUUAUACAUCCUAUCAGAGAAAAAAGGCAUACACCUGAGGCACACGAUAGAGUGAGUGUUGUUGGCGGAGAACUAGAGACUGUGAUUCUGGAGUGUCCAGUUGAUCCAAAUAAAGUCCAAGAUGUUAGGUGGUUUAAAGAUCUUCUUACAUUUGGGGUAACACAAUUAACACUGAAUGCUAAUAUCACUGCUAGUAAAGAGCCGUAUGACGAGUCUAAAUAUAGAGUAAAUGGAACAUUUAGUCUUCAAGUUAAAGAUGUCAACAAAGGGGAUGCUGGACGCUACUGGUGUAUAAAUGGAGAUACCAAUGAGACCAUCCAUGAUGCAUACCUCACUAUAAUCAGAUAUAGGACAUGUCCACAAACUCCUCAACAAAUCCUAAAAGGCCAGGAGUUUGAAUUAGAAUGCGGCACAAGUUUUUGGGGACCUAGAGAUGAGUCUUACUUCCCCACAAUAAAAUGGUAUAAACACGACGAUGAUGCCACAUCCACAUUUUCAAAUGAGAUUAGCGAUCAUGCAAACCAAUCAAUAGCAACGUACACUGAUACGGCAGACAAAGUCGCGACAUCUAUAGCAACUUGUACAAUUAGCGUACCUAGCGGACUUGUAGAGACACAGAUAUGCACCGUUGAACUUGAAGUGACAGAAUAUGCUGAUACAAUAUGGAUAUCAAC